AUGGGAGACAACAAUGAUUCAUUGACAGGCAACAACAACACUGGUAUUGAUUCUAAUCCUCACCUUCAUCCUUCUAGUCCUUAUUAUGUUCAUCCAGCAGACAAUCCUACAACUAUUCUUUAUCAACCCGUUCUCACAAGUGAAAACUAUGCCACUUGGGUUCGUGGUUUUCGUAAGGCCUUAAGUGCCAAGGCCAAGCUUGGCUACAUCGAUGGCACAAUUGUUAAGCCAGAAAUUUCAGCCGAUAUACCGUACUGGCAACGCUGCGAUGAUCUUGUUGGCAGUUGGGUUUGCAAUUCUUGUGAACCAGCAAUUGGUCGUAGUGUGAUGUCUUUCGAAACUGCUCAUGAGAUGUGGAUGGAUUUGCAGAGCCGUUUUGCUCAGUCCAAUGCAACAAAGUUACAUGCCAUCAAACAGUCCAUUUCAACCUUGAAACAAGAACACCAAACUGUUGCUCAAUAUUACACAUAA